GGGAGGAGCGGCGGCAACAUGGCGCCCUCCGGGAGUGCGCGGGCUCCGGUGGCCGUGCUGCUGCUGCUGCUCUGCUUGGCGCCCGCGACCACUGGCCGGCGGAGCGACGUGCGCGUGGUCACGGACGAGAACUGGAGAGAGCUGCUGGAAGGAGAGUGGAUGAUCGAGUUUUAUGCUCCAUGGUGUCCUGCUUGUCAGAAUCUUCAACCAGAAUGGGAAAGUUUUGCUGAAUGGGGAGAAGAUCUUGAGGUUAAUGUUGCAAAAGUAGAUGUCACGGAGCAGCCAGGACUGAGUGGGCGAUUUAUCAUAACUGCUCUUCCCACCAUUUAUCAUUGUAAAGAUGGUGAAUUUAGGCGCUAUCAGGGCCCGAGGACUAAGAAGGACUUCAUAAACUUCGUAAGUGAAAAAGAGUGGAAGAAUAUUGGACCCAUUUCAUCAUGGUUUGGUCCUGGUUCUGUUCUGAUGGGCAGUAUGUCAGCACUCUUCCAGCUCUCCAUGUGGAUCCGGACUUGGCACAACUAUUUUAUUGAAGACCUUGGAUUACCAGUUUGGGGAUCAUAUACAGUUUUUGCUUUAGCAACUCUGCUUUCUGGGCUGUUUUUAGGACUUUGUAUGAUCUUUGUGGCAGAUUGCCUUUGUCCUUCAAAAAGGCGCAGACCACAGCCAUACCCUUCCAAAAAAUUACGGCCAGAAUCUUCUCAACCUUUGAAAAAAGUGGAGGAGGAACAAGAGGCUGAUGAAGAUGAUGUUUCAGAAGAGGAAGCUGAAAGCAAAGAAGGAACGAACACAGACUUUCUGCAGAAUGCCAUAAGACAACGUUCUGUGGGUCCUUCCCUGGCCACAGAUAAAUCCUAGUUAAUUUUUAUAAAUAUCUUGAUAGGAUUUUGACAGAAACAGAAGGUUGAUUGUUUCUUUUCGUUUGAAGUAAACUGUGACUUGCUUGUACAUUGCUGGGUUCAGUCUAGAUUGUCGUUAGGUCGAACAGUCUACCUUCAGAAAAUAACAGUAGUACUACGUAAAAAAGUUUGAAAUUGGGUUUAAGAACAGCAUGGUGGUUUAAACAGUUUAAUUUUUUAAAAAUCUGGUGCCAAGCAAUAAGAUGUGUAUGUCUGUUUAAUAAUAACCUGUUUCAAGUCUGAGUUGAAAAAUUAAUUUCCCAUAUUGCAUUAUUGAGUUAUUUAAGGAGAUUACUUUGGAGAAAAAAUUUCUCAUUUGAUAUAAUUUUUUUCAGUUUCACUGUGUGAAAAAAAGAACAUCUUUCCCAUAAAUGGGAACUUUGCCCAUUGUCUCAAGAAAUGUGUAUUUCAGUGACAGCUCUGUGGUCCCUUUAGAGAUAGAGUCCAAAAUUUCCUCAUAUUUUUACAUUAUGCGACUAAUAAAGUGAUGUUGGUUUGUUGCAGUCUUCUGCACAGGACGACACAGGAUGUGUGCUGACCGAGAGAGUUUCGUGCGUGGGGGGUCCUGGUUCCUGUCCAGGCAUUGCCACCUCUGUUCUCCUGUGCCGGUGUGUGAUUUGUACUUUUGUUACCAUGGGUUACAUUUUUCAUUUUCUAAAUUGGCAAAUUUCCUGGAAAUGUUUUUUGUAUUUUAAUAAAUAGUACUUUUUUCUUGUUUCAAACUGAAGCGUUCUGAGGGAUCCUUAAAAUUGAAGAGUUAUCUACUGAUAAUUUAAAAUUUUGGCCACUCAUUUCAGAUUUUACGUUGUUCUUGUUGAACCUCUACUUGAACUUUUUUUUUGGAUGUGAAAGUGAACCGUCUGUUUUUUAUUUGCUGUUGUGGAAAAGCCUUGGUAUUUUACAUUUUGAAGAUUCACAGAAGCUUAAUUUGACAUAAAAUACAGUUACAGUCUACUCAGGAGAAAGCGUUUCACAGUGUAUGUUUUCAGUGUGUAUUUGUCCUCAUGUAUGCAGAGCUCCUAAUUGAUUUUACAGUCAGUGUGCUUGAUGUUUAAACAUCACAGCAUUCUCAUGUUUCUGGAAGGACAAACUCUGUGUCCUGCUGUCCUUUCUGUUUGUGGGUUCACAGGUGGAAAGCAGCAGGUUAGGACAUUGAGUGUACUUCUACUCCUUUAAGAGUUAGAACAGAGUUUUCACCUUAUGGGGGGUGGGGGUGUGGGGUGGUAAUAGGGAACUGUAUUAGCUGCAAGAGGGGGAAACCCAUAACACUUGAGACCGAAUACCUGUCCCUUAUGUGAUAGAUGAUGUCUGUAAUGUCCGUGUGCGUCUAGAUCCUGCUGCUGUGAGUCCGUUAGACUGACAGUGUCACAUGUACAACAGUUUUCUUUACAGGCCUGUCCUUCAGAAUGUUGACUAUGCUAUCAUUGAAGAGUUUGGAUGUGUAAUAAAUUUGUGAUGCUUUAGAAAAAUAUUUUAAGCACAAAAUAAACUUUUGUAAGCACUUCACUAAACCUGAA